AAGACGACGCUAUCUUUACUCUGACACAGAGAAUUGACUGGUUCACUUGAACGUUCUACAUUCCGGGGUAACCCUAUUGAUAUCAACAAUAUCAUACAAAAGCUUUUAAAACAUCAAUAACUUGAGGAGUCUAGCCAACGGACGUGGAAGCACAGUUUUACCUCCCCUUGUUCAUUGGUGUUUCUACUUAAAAUGGGAGGAAAGAGAGCGGAAUGGUCGAACCCUGUGGAGUUUAUUUUAACUUGUGUGGGGUUUGCUGUUGGUUUGGGUAAUGUCUGGAGAUUCCCCUAUUUAGCAUUCAGGAACGGAGGAGGGGCAUUUCUUAUCCCGUAUUUCAUUUGCCUGGUGGCCAUUGGAAUCCCCCUCUUUUAUUUAGAAAUCGCAUUUGGACAGUUUGCCAGUCUCGGACCCGUUAACAUAUGGAAAAUAAAUCUUUUGAUGAAAGGAUUGGGGUUUUCCAUGAUAACAGUUUCAGGGGGUAUAGCCCUGUAUUAUGUGGUCAUUAUUGCUUGGUGCUUGUACUAUUUCUUUGCUUCGAUGACGUCAUAUCUACCGUGGCAAGAUUGCGACAACAACUGGAAUACAUGUCUGUGUCAAGAUGGCAAACGGAAUUUUUCACUGCCAGAUCCCUGGCUCGGAGCACGUAAUGAGUGUUUGACUUUUGAUUAUCCUAUAAACACUACUGGGGUUGCUGUCAGUGAAGAAUAUUUCAGACGUCGGGUUUUGGAGAUCACGGACGGAUUCGAGUCCACCGGAGGUGUGAAAUGGGACGUAACUCUGUGUAACCUUCUGGCCUGGACGAUUAUUUUUAUCGUUUUGUCCAAGGGUAUCAAAACACUGGGGAAAGUUGUGUACUUUACAGCUAUUUUCCCAUACGUUUUACUCACAGCUCUUCUCAUCCGGGGACUUACACUGGAUGGCUACAAACAAGGAAUAGAAUACUACUUUACUCCCGAUCUGGAUAAACUCACGGACGCCAGUGUAUGGUCGGAUGCUGCGGUCCAGAUCUUUUACUCUCUCAGUGCUUGUCAGGGAGGACUAAUAGCGAUGGCCAGCUUCAAUAAGUUCGAUAAUAAUGUUCUGAGAGAUACGUUUUUGGUCCCAAUAAUUAACUGCUUAACGAGUCUCUAUGCAGGCUUCGUCAUCUUCUCAGUUUUGGGAUUUAUGGCGGAAGCUAAAGGCGUUACGGUUCCAGAAGUGGCCAAGGGAGGUCCUGGUCUGGUGUUUAUUGUCUACCCAGAAGGUUUGGCUCAGAUGCCGGUAGCACCGUUAUGGUCAAUAUUGUUUUUCUUCAUGAUGGCGACAUUAGGAUUCAGCUCAGCGUUUUCCAUUGUUGAAACGGUAAUGACUGGUCUCCUGGAUGAAUUUCCGGCCCUCUCUAGAUCAAAAUGGCGAGUUCUUGGUUUCCGGUUUGGAAUCUGUAUGUCUGGGUUUCUUUUGGGACUUCCAAUGACAACUAGAGGAGGUGAUUACAUGCUUACACUUGUGGACAAUGCUGUUGGUGGGUUUCCGCUGUUGUUUGUUGGAUUCUUGGAGGUUGUUCUUUUAUGUUACGUAUAUGGUUUCUUCAGAUUUAAGCGGGAUAUUGAGAUGAUGAUUGGUGACCGACUCUGUGUCAAACCCUGCUUCUGGUAUUUUGGUGCCUGCUGGAUGCUUAUAUCUCCAUUGGCACUAUUGGCAGUAAUUAUCUUCAAAAUUGUUCAAACAGAACCUCUGGAAAGUGAUGGUUAUUUGUACCCGGACAGUGGUCAGGUGAUCUUCUGGUUGAUUCAAGUCACGUGUUUGAUUGGAAUUCCUGGUUGGUUUAUAUACUACAGCUGUAAAAAGGGCCUUGGGAAGCCGACAGCAGACUGGGGGCCCGCCUUACCUGAGAACAGAACAGGUCGUUAUUCCGUCGCAUUCAAUGAAAUCACUACCAAUGGAUCCGCCCCUGCAAAUGAUUACUCAGUUGACAUGAUGAAAAUGCAGCCCAAUGAAUAUGACAAUAAAGCUUACGUGAUAGACACGGGAGACACAACUGCCACAAAGUUCUAGAAGAAAAAUCACCCAAAAAUUAACUGUUCUCUGUCUCCGUGACCCUCUUAAUUAAUCGUAAUUAGGGUUGAAGGACUGAUGAAGAUGGAGACGUGAAAAAUUCAGCUUUAUUUAAAGGGCGUAAUUAUAUACGAUAAGCUGACAUUAAAAAGUAUUCCACCAGCCAUAUCCUUUUUAAUGAAGCAGAAGGCAUAUAUGGAAAUCAAACUAAAAACAGUUGUUAUAAAUUCUUUUACCAAAGGGAAGUAGAUCUUGACAUUAUUGUAUAAUUUUUUUUAUAUCAAUUAUACAUAUAUAAUCAAGUUAUAGUGUAUUAUGUUUUAUGUAAAUAAAAUUAAAAUACA